AUGUCUCAAGUGUUCGUGGGAAACCCAGGCGAAGCAAUUGCUUGUAACCAAGUUCAUUCAUCUCUUCGUCCAUGUUUAGAAUAUCUGCAUGGCAAAGGAGGUAGUCCACCAGCAGCAUGCUGUAAAUGUAAUGGACUAAAUAUUCUGAGUAAAAUGAUUAAUCAAUCUAAGCGGCAAGAGAAGCAGACUUUCUGUAAAUGUAUUAAGACAGCAGCCUCCCGCGCCAAAUUUAAGGCUAAUAAAUCCGGCCAGCUUCCCGGAAAAUGUGGGGUUAAGAUUGCCGUUCCAAUUUCCCCUACCAUAGACUGCCGCAAGUAA